AGGAGCGGUGUAUGGCGAGAGCUAUGCGUUGGAGAAGGUCAACUUGGUUGAGCCUCAGCUGAGCCUCAGCUGACGGCGCUCGAUAAGCCCGUCAUACGGACUUUGGCUUUGAUAACAGGCAACGAUUCUGUAUAUAAAACAUUGGCGCUGCCUUCCAAUCAUCAACACUUGCGGACUUACAUCCCAAUCAGCAACAGCAAACGGCAGCAUCCAGCUUUCAGCGUAUUUCCAGUCAAAUACCCAUACAAGAAUAUUCAACAUGUCGCAAUUCAGUUUUAUCGCUCUGAUCGCCUGCGCCGUCUUCUAUGUUCUGCAUAGCCACAGCGCCACAGCGGUGGUCGUUGGCAAGGCGGACUACAAAAAUAUUAAUUUUCCCGGCAAGUGUGUGCUGAACGCCAAUUCGAUUAUGUCGCCCGGAGAAAGUGGCAAGGCGCCCAAUCAUCCGUGCGCCAGCAUCACCUGCCUCGAAGACGGCACUGUUGAAUUUCGCACCUGCCGAGCAGUGGCGCCACCAAAGGGAUGCAAGCAGCGCGACUUUGUAAACACCAAUCGUGAUUUUCCCGCUUGCUGCGAGCGCAGCUACGAAUGCAAACCGACAAUCUAAAUGCUAUCAUUAUCG